AAUUGGCCAAGGAUGCUUGUGAGACACCGCCUGUACGGCCGCCGAGAACGACGAGGCAGACGACAGCGGCGACAGUGCCAAACAGGUAUGUCUUCUUGUGUUCGCCGACGUGAGACGUAGCAGACAUGGCCUAGAUGCGCAUGGAUUAUGAGGAGAUCGCUACAGUGCUGUUUGUGUGACUUGUCAUCUCGGUCGCGUCUCGAAAGAUUUUGGAUCGCGACUGACACCAAAUCAAUAGCCACGGACAGAUAAGAAGACAAGGCGGGCUAGUGGCGAAUAGAAGUAUCAGGUCGGCUCGGGGAGAGGUGUCAUGAAGCGAUAUCUCUUUGUUGGCAUUGUCGCGUCGGUCGUGUGCUUCCUCAUCUUCAAUCGUACCUCAGAGAACGCUGAGUAUGAUUACACAGAUCCAUUCAAUACAGCACAACCUGGCCGCAGAGAUCAACCAGAGAAGUACUGCAAAUGGAUCUUUGACCGCUACGAGUCAUCUGCUUUUGAGCAGGAAUGGUUGUCGCUCGUUACAACAGGUGGUGUGAAUGACAAUGUCUGUGCCAAGGUUGCUGAACCGCAUCAUGCAGGACACAUCACAGAGAUUAUGGGCCGGCUUGCUCAUCUGGUACGGAUAUUGGAUGGUGCCAUCAAAUGGGAAAAUCAAGAUACGGGCAAACCACAGCCGCCACCUGCUGCAGAUAACCUAUUUUCUCGCUUUCACUACAAACGGAUUUGCUUUGUAGAGAAGGACCACGUUUGGCGACAUGCACCGGGUCAUGGUGUUCAAUUGAUUGAGCCGUUGUUUGGCAUGCUCAGGGAUCCCUAUGACAUUUGGUGUGCAAAGAAGAAGCUCAAGUCGCCUCCUGGAGGCUACUACAAUGAUGUCCAUGCAGAGUCCACACAGCAUAUCCUGCCCAUGGGCUUCGCUCCAUAUGCGUACACAACCACAGCACAUGGAAAGUUAGAGGAGUGGAGAAUGUACGGUAUACCACCUUGGCAUUCAAGCUACCGGCCUGAACCACUUGAUGGCGUUAAAUGGACCUAUAGCCCGCCACGCAAUAUGCACAUUGAUGUGGGUGCAUCCAACUUUGCUUCGACGCCAAAUGCGCCAAAAUGGGUUUACGAUCGCUACCAGGCGCGUGGUCAGCCAUUCGACAAGUUCAUUGCUAUUCAUGGGGACAUGGCAGAUGCGAAAGCAUCACACUCCGAUGUGCCAGCAGAUCUGAUCGGCCCUUACCAAGUGCUCGGUAUGUCACUCUUUCCAAACGGCUUCGAAUACCAAGGAGUGCAGAAUGUGAUUCGGCGGACUGUGAAGGAAGAAGACUUCUUCGUCCUGAAGGUUCACGACAAUUCACGCGAGUUUUCUGAACGAUUCGUCAAGGAUCUCGUGUCGGACGAGAAUGGGCUCGCCAAGCUCAUUGAUGAAUUCUACUUUGAGCACAAGGUCAAGUUCAACCCUAUGGCGGCUCCGUGGAGCUUAGAGGACAAACAUAAGUCACAGGUGGGCGAUUUGUCGACAUCGUACAAACUCUUCAAGGAUUUGCGCGACAGGGGCAUUCGAGCACAUUCUUGGCCGUGAUACGGGAGACUUUCCCGAAAGCGUGUCAUCCUGAGUAUAAUGUAUAGACCUGCUCGUAUGCAUGUGCGCUCUUCUUGCAACCUAUCUUGAUUAUGUGACGGUACGCCUCGAGACAUCGCCUGUUGUAGACCAUUUUAUACUGGUGUAGCCCUGGUCACUCUCAUCUCGAGUGAGCCGCAAGCUACGGCCUGCCUCCCCGAUCCGAGCGUUAUCCACACUGCUCGUAGCUGGAGAACUCGCUCGCGUCUGCCCACUCAGUCAGUCUGUUCAACG